AGUGAAUAUUGUAUAAACGAUAUAAAUAUUAAAUUAUACAUCAAGAAACUAACAACAUUUUUAGAGCGUAUUGAUUGUUAAAAAUUUCUACCCAUAUUAAUAAUGGUUUAAGAUGGUGAUCUAAGAAAUAGAGAAUUUAGUCUUUUUACUCUUCAUUAUAGAAAAUCAAGGUCAAAAUUCAAAAAUUUUAAAAAACGAAAUUUACCAUUGGAAAGAGCAUGAAAAAACCAUCCAGAAAUCAUCAAAGGACAGUAUAGAUAAGAAUUGACAUUACUUUCUAAAUAUAGUAAAAAAAUGUCAUAUGUAAAGGAUAAAUCAGUGAGUCUUAUGAGUAGAUUUCGAAACGCCGUGAAGUCAAAAAAUAGUGCUCGUAUAAAUAAGAUACUUUCUGAACAAUACAUUUUGGAGAAUGCUAACCGUUUUUUUAGUACAUUUCUUCAUUUCGUAGCUGAAAAUGGCACAGUCGAAACUGCUAAUCAAUUAUUAAAAAUUGGAUUAAGUAUUCACACUCGAAAUGAAGAUGGAAAAACUCCGAUUUUCUAUGCCUUUCAAAAUUCUUUGGAAAUGAUUAAACUUCUUUUUGAUGAUAAAACAAUCAUUGAUUCUAAUUUACUUGUUCACGCUUUAUAUUUUGGAACAGAAGAAAUUAUGCGAUUGCUAUUAAAAAAUGAAUUAAAAUCUGUUUUCGAAUUUUCAAAUAACUCAGUACAAGAUGAAAUUUCCAUUGGCACUAACACUGAACAUCAAGAGGGAAAAAUACUCAAAGAAUGGGAGAAUACGGAAAAUCUAAUAAAAUUUCUUUUACAAAAUAAGAAAUAUUUAAUGCCAAAGGGAAAGUAUUAUGCGCUAUUACUUUUUUUUGCAGCAAAAAUUGAUGAAGAAAAUAUUUUUCAAUUAAUAUUAAAUGAUUGUCAUAAACAUUUAACAUAUAAAAGAAAGAAAAAUAAAAAGGAAAUUCAUCCUGAAGCCGUGGAUAUUCAAAAUGAUAAGGGUGAAACAGCGCUACAUUAUGCAGUUAGUCAACAACAUAUUGAUGCUGUAAAAUUUCUAUUGAAGAAAGGAGCAAAUAAAAAUUGUCAAAGUAAAAUUAAAUACACACCACUUCAUUAUGCUGCGCGUAUUGAAAAUAAGGAGAUUUGUGAAAUUCUCAUUAAUUCUGGAGCUAGUGUUAAUACAAAUAAUGAUGGUCGAAAUAAUCCUCUGCAUUUAGUUAGUGGAUAUUUUAUAGGAAAAUAUUUUCACGGUUUUGACGAAUUAACAAUCAAUGUAUUUCGUCGUUUUAGAGGGAAAACUGCAUUUAAUAAAGAAAUUAUGAUGUUACUACUUAAUCACGGAGCGAAUCCAGAUAUGCGAGGCAUUAAUGGUAUGCCCCUUUUUAUUCAAGCUUGUAAACGUAAAUGUAUUGAGGAGAUGAAAAUUCUUUUGAAAUUUGGUGCGAAUAUUCAAAUUGCUGACAAUGAUGGAAAUACAGCACUUCAUCAUGCAACUAUUAAUUCCUCGAUAAAAUCUUCAAUUCCAAUUAUUGAUUUCCUACUGAAAAAUGGUCUCGAGAUUGAUGUCAAAAAUAAUGAUGAAAAUACUCCUCUUAUGUUCUUGGUAGAGAAUAUGUAUCAACUUAAUAUGAAAUUGAUUGAAUAUUUUGUAUAUCAUGGAUCGAGUCUUAAUGCUAAAAAUAUAGGUGGCAAUACUAUAUUCGAUAUUGCUUUGAUGCAUCAUAGAUAUGGCAUUGCUCUGACUUUGUUAGAAUUAAAAGGGGACAGAGAAUUAAAUUGUGAUUCGGAUCCUGAAAAAAUACAUGCAUUAAGCAAGCAUUGUUAUGGUUUAUAUGACCAUCCGACAUUUACGAUCUCCAGAAAUAGAGAAAAUUCAGUUUUAAUUUCUUAUAUUGCGUUGAAAAGAAUUAAUGUAAACGAUUAUUUUACUUGCUGCUUGAAUUCCUGGUAUGGAAGAGAAACAUGGAUGUUUGACAAUACGAAACUUGAGCUGGAGAAAUUAAAAUCGCGAAAAAUUUUGAACGAAGUAGGAACAUAUUAUUCGUAUUAUGAUUUUUUGGUACGAGAUUUGACAACUGCAAUAAGAAUUAUUAAAAAUCCUACAAUGAAAGAAGAGUUAUCUAAUUUUAACAAUUUUCGUGAUCUUCCUUUUUGUAAACAAUUAUUUCAGCAUCGAGUUGAAUUGGCUAAUGAUUUAGAAGAUUAUUUAGAUAAAAUUGUUAAUUUCUUUUUAAAUUACAGAAAAAUGAAUUUACCAAUUCUUGUUAUUGAUAUGAUUCUCAGUUAUUUUUCUUAUCGAGAUUUAACAUUUUUUGGAAUAAUUUUAUCCGAAAUAAAAAAUUAAAUAUUCAAUGAAAAUUUUGUCUUUAAAAGUUUUGUUUAAACAUACUUUACAAAAUUGAUUCUAUGAAGAAUGAGAUUUUUUUUUCAAUUAUUGUUAAUUAAACCUGAAAUUAAGAAAUUUA